AUGCGGGCUCAGCGGGACCACGAAUAUCCUCCCACCGCUGCAAGAGCCCCAGACCCAUACAAGAACAACCUCACAUUCUGCAUCUCCGAACCGACGUAUACGGCGGUUUCUGGGGAUACCCGUGAUUCGAUCUCGCUGAAGUACAGUGUGUCACCUGCCUCGCUGUACAUGGGCGACCCAAUCUCCAUGACUGCCGCAACAUCCCCACCGGCAUGGAACUUUACAUCCCGCUCUCUUGCAAUCCCACCUAUACUCUUAAAGACAACGACACAUGUAUUUUUGUCGAAGCCUCCCUCGGCUUACCAUACUCAACCGGUUUAUGGGCAUGUUCUCUGUGGUGCUCCACAAGGGGGCGCUGCAACCGGUGCUGCUCCUCCGCCCGGCGUGACCUCUCUGCCACAGACGGGCAGCUACACUGAAACCGCACCUCCUACCAACGCCACGGUGGCCAAGAGCACGACGUUCAGAGGGGGCAAAUGGAGACUGUGA